AUGAUGUCUAUAGGUUUCAUGCCUGAUAGUUUGAAUUCUUCAGGUCCCUCGAAAUCGACCUUUUUCGAGUUUGGGCACGGGCACCCUGCGCACCAGCAGCAUUCCCAAGGACACUCUCACAUCUACCCCGUUAAUGGCUUACAAUCUGCCGGACACUCUCAACACGGUAGUCCCUUCUCCCCCAGCGCGUCCUCCUAUGGCCGCUCCCUGGGCUACGCCUACCCCAGAGCGGUGAACACUCAUCACCCGAGUGCCUACAUGCCCUACCAGCACAACAAUCACAGUUUGGCGCACUCCAGAUUAGAUGAGACAGACCAUGAGAAGUCUACAGUGAUUGAGAACGGGGAAAUUCGUUUGAAUGGUAAAGGAAAGAAAAUACGCAAACCACGGACCAUCUACUCCAGUCUUCAGCUACAGGCGCUCCAACAUAGGUUUCAGCAGACCCAGUACCUGGCUUUACCCGAACGCGCGGAUUUGGCGGCUAAAUUAGGGCUGACCCAAACACAGAUUAAAAUAUGGUUUCAAAACAAGCGCUCGAAAUAUAAGAAGAUAAUGAAGCAUGGCAGCGGGCCAGAGGGGGAACAUCUCCACAGUACGUCAUCUAUUUCUCCGUGUUCACCCGGGAUGCCUCAACUUUGGGACGUGUCAAUGGCAAACAAAGGGACCCCUAUGCACCCCAACAAUUACAUGAACAAUUUUGGUCACUGGUACCCAAACCAUCUCCAGGAUCCUAUGUCCAGACCUCAAAUGAUGUGA